AUAUGUAGCCACUCAGAGGAAAAAGAAACCUUUUAAGGGAUUGGGAUUAGAACACAUGAAUGAACCUUGCCCUAUAAUUCCAUCUCAGCUGACAAGUACUGUUCUCAGAAGUACCCAAUUCCAGAUUGGUGCCUUCUGCUUAAGAGAGCGAGAUCUUUUGAAUCGUUUUGCUGCUGAAAUAUCACAGCAUCGAGCAAAGGGUGAAAGUAAAGAGUAUGCAUUUAUUUUGGGUUAUCAACUUGCGGAAGACUUGGGCAGGGCUUUCUCAGACCGAGCAAUAUUGCAAACCAUCAUGGAGGCUGAGGCCACUGUAUCUGUGGGUCCAUUGAAGAAUGUUUUGAGUCUGUUGAGAUCAAUGUAUGCCUUAACUUGUAUGGAAGAAGAUGCUGCAUUCCUUCGGUGUGGGUACUUAUCAACAAAAAAUGCUGCUGCUGUGAGAAAAGAAGUAACAAAGCUUUGCAGCGAAGUGCGACCGCAUGCACUUGCCUUGGUCAGUUCCUUUGGCAUUCCUGAUGCUUUUCUGGGCCCUAUAGCAUAUAACUGGAUAGAUGCAAACUCUUGGUCUUCAGUUAAACACUAGUUACAGGCGUUUUGAUCUCUUCUUUUUGAGCUUCAAGUAAAAGGUCCACUCAUCAGGUUUUAAUAAGAAGCCCUGGGGUAACACCUUACCCAAAUUGAUGUGAUGCCUGCUUAUCUGUAAAACUGCUUAUUAAUAAAGCUGCACUAUUACUUACUAAACUAUCCACUGGAUCACAUUUAUAGAUACUGGUUAUUAAAACCCAUACAAAUGCAUACAUUGGAAUUCAGGAGCUAUAUCCACAGCAUAUAGAUGAUUGCAUUUG